AGUAAGUUAAUUUAGUAAUUGAUAACAAUUGUUAAUAUUGUGUUAAAAAACGGACUCUCAUCCAUCUGGGUUACCUGCGCCAUUUUAUUUCCCCCUCAGCACAAACUUUUUUAUUCACCCUGUAGUAGUGCUUCAUACUUGUUUCAUCUUGUUUCAAACCAACAAACUUGUAUACAUCAACACAUCAACACACACACACACACUUGGUGCUCUUCUUUUGUUGACUCCUUUCUGGUUAAAUAGUAUCUUCUCUUCAUCAUCAUCCUUUUUAAGUCUUCCUCUCACGGAUAAGGUUUAUUUUCCUUCCAUUGGACUUUUUUUCCUCUCUAUGUUCUGACUUUAAUAGUGAAGACUACUCUCUAUUUACAAUAGAGGUUUUUAAAGUAAAUUACAACGAUGAGCCAUUGGACUAAUUUGAUUUAGGAAUACUUAAAGAGGAAAUCGUUUGACGGAUCUUUCAAAUACAUGUUUUACUGUGGAUGUUGUCAUCAGCUAUUCAACUCUACUUUUCACGUAUAUUUUUGUGCCCAUUUUCCGGAAUAAAAAUCAUCUUUACUCUUUAAAUUUAAUUUAACAUGUUAACCUGUUUAUGUGGCUCCGAAAGAAGGUAAAAACGGCGACGACUAAGAAGGAGAAAGUGGUGGUGGAGGAGGAGGAGGAAAAACGUAGAAGCUCUUUGUGCUCAAAAUUAAAGAAAAUGGUUUUAAAGUCAAGUGAAAAAAGUUUCGGACUUAAUACGGUUCAAUUUAAAUUUUGGUCUACUCGGAAAAGUCUAACCAUAACCGAUUAUGAUCCUGUCUACAAAGUUGUCUACCUUGGAAAUGUUUUAACUUUGUUGGCUAAAGGUGAUGGUGCCAUAGACAAAGCUUUGCCAACUUUGUGGAAAAAUUAUUGUUCCAAUGUUAAACAUGACAUCUACAUGAAGUUAACCAUAUGUGCGUCAGGAUUAAAAGCCAUCACAAGGGAACACGGAUUAACUGAAUAUUGGUCUAACAGAAUAACAUAUGCUGCCACUCAUCCUGAUCACCCGAAAAUUUUUUGUUGGAUCUAUCGUCAUGUUGGACGUAAAAUGAAACAAGAAUUAAGAUGCCAUGCCGUUCUUUGUAGCAAAGAAAGUAAAGCCAAGGAGAUGGCCGAAUUUUUGAACAAAAGAUUAAUCACUGCUCUACAAGAAUUUAGAAGAGAGAAAAAGUACAGACAAAACUUUCGAUUGUCACUCGCCUCCUCGUGCCAAGAGAUUCCUUUAAUUCCAUUAAGGAAGCAGCUUUUAAUUAAAGGUUUAGCCAACUUCAGGCAGCCAUUGGAAAGAUCAAAAUCAGCUCCAAAAUUAACAUCGAUUGAAGAAAUUUUAGAAGAAUCAGAGGAAGAAGAUGACGUUGAAGACGACGAGACAGAAGAAGAAACUGAAGAGGAUACUGCAUCCGAUACAACCAUAAACAUUCUCAGAAUGAUAUUUUAAUUUUUAAAAAUAUUAAUAAUAAUUAUUUUCACAAUUACCAGUCUCAUCUGUUGAAUACAUCCAUCAAUCAAACGAUGAUCAAACUUGAUAAAGGAUAAACAAAUUACCUCGAAAACAACAAAAAAGCAAAAAUUAAUCCUCACCAAAAUCUUUAGAUUUGUUUUGUGGCAUCCGUGAAAUCGCCUUAAUUCAUUAUCAAAUUAAAAGAUGAUAUAAACACUAACAAUUGGUUAUUCUGAUUGUGAUAUACUGUAAAGAAAAACAAAAUUCAAUAGAAUGUAAGUUUCUUCAAGGUUAACAUGAUAUCUCAAUCAUAAUCAUGCGGAUGGUUAUGAGGGUUAACCUAAUAAUAAUACUUUUCUUCCUAUUAUGUUAUUAUAUUUUUUUGUAUAUUAAUGCACACACAACCAUAUCAAUUUAAUCUUUUGAUAAACGAUUUGAAAAUUUA